GUAUACUAGAUAUGGUAUCGAAUGUUACGUCAGAGUCCACAGGCAGUUCCACACUUCCACCCGAAACCACAGAUCUUACCACCUCUCAGAUUUUACCCCGAAGCGCACCCUCCACCGGUUCCUUAACUCUAACCCUGACCCCAAUCCUGACACCCAGCGGAAUCCUAAUUUUACCCCUAACUUUAACCCCAAUACCCACCGUAAUUAUAAUUCCAACUUCACCCAGGACCCCAGACCGGAACCCAGCCACAGCAGUACCGCGAAUUACACCCACCUAUACCUCAGCCAUGAUCUUAACCCCAAGUACAGCAUUAUCCCGGAACUCGACCGCAUUCCCACCCGGAAUCCUUACCCUACCGGAACCUUGCCGCUGACCCCGCCCCGGACCCCAUCCAGGACCACAGCCGCAAUCCUGACCGGGACCCCAUCCCGGACCACAGCCACAACCCCGGCCAGGACCUUCACCCCAACUGCAGCAUUACCCCGGAACUUGACCGCAUUCCCACCCGGAAUCCUUACCCCUACCGGAACCUUGACGCCCACCCCGCCCCAGACCGGACCGCAGCCCCGGACCGGACCCCUCCAUAUCUUAUUAUUGGACUGUCGGUAGGAACGCUUCUGUUGCUCCUUGGUAUGCUUUACUGUUGUAGGCUCUGGGUGACAGGGGCGGCAACAGAGGAGCGCAACUGCUUUACAAAGGCCCUCUGAGAUAGAGCUGAUGUCACUUGACCGUUUGCCACACACUACAUUGUAAAUAUAAAUAUUACUUUCAUUACUUUUAAGUCUUAUAUUGUAUAUACAGUUUAAAGUGCCUACGAAACCCAAAAUUUAAUGAAAAUGAAAAAAAUUAGAAUGAAAAAAUACACAGACGAAUGUACGAGUUACGAGGGAUUGCGCCGAAGCAACUUAAUUUCGGACAGAAAAAGAAUGUGUGUGUGUUAUCCAGUUACGCAGUAUGCCAGUUCUGUACGGACCUUCUGUCGUCUGUAUGUCUCCCGAACGUUUUUUUACAUGUUGCACAUUUUGCAUCUCGGUUUGAAUGGCGUACGUUUACAAGGUAGCGUUGUUCAUCUUUGGACGCAGGCAGUUGUGCUAGUGGAACUUUGUCAGGGAAUGCCUGUACCUCUCUCCUCCGCAGAGCCUCCUUAAGUAUUUACAAAUAACUACAUGAAGUUUCCUGAAUAAAAGUGGGCAUGCGCUGUGUGAUGGGAAGAUUGAAAUGAAGUUGGGGAGGCUCUGCCAGAUAAUGCGACGAAGUAUGGUUUUUGAACCAAACUAGCUGUUUGACCUUUUUUAAACUUGAAAUCGACGGAAAUGUGAAAGAAAUUGAAAUGAAUCGACAUAAUAUGAGUAUCGAAGUUCAACAGAGUCAUUUUUAUAAAGAAAUGUUGCAAUUAAGAGGAUAUUUAUAAUUACAUAGAUCGUAUUCAUUGAUAUUCGUUUGCAAUUUCUCAAUAUUUUUCGAUGCAAAUGGACGGAGGAAGAUAUUGAUAUUAAAUUCACCCCAGGAUACUCAAGUACGCCUGAAAAUGAAAGUCGAAAACAUGUUUUAACACCUCGAUGGUUGAUCGAACUUCGCUACAAACUAUUAUAUACGACGCCAUAUUGAUUGCAUAACUCGCAGAGGCUUCCUUUAUUUAGCUCUUCCCAUCACUCCUUGCAUGCUCACUUUUCCCUCACUAGAAACUUCGUUUAAGCCUCUGCGGAGGAGAGAGUGCCUGUACAAUUUUUGACCAUUCAUUGGUUGAAAAAUGCUUCUUAUAAAUUAAUGCUUCUGUUUUGUCGAAGUCAAAAAUCUUAAGUAAGAUCCAAGUCCGAUGAUGGCACAUGUCAGUACAUAAUACAGGUGAGGAACAAGUGACAGAGUCCUUAGAAAUGAUUAAAUCAUGUAUACGUAUCCCAUUGUAUCAAGCAGUUUGAAGUUUAAUUGAGAUACAUGGCUUUUAAGGUCGACAAUAUUCAUUGUGACGCCCUUGACGUAUUUCUCGAAAAAUUUCAACGUUGUUUUGCUUACAGAAUUAUUCCUGCUUUUUACAGAAUAUACAAUAGAAUAUACUGUAGAAUUCAGAAAGUAGCGGUUCGGCCUUCCACCACCUAAGGCUGUAAUGUAUUUUUUCACUCUCAUUAAAUUUUGGAUUUCGUAGGCACUUUAAACAUGUUAGUUAUGAUUUUCACCAUGCCUCGCAUGACACCUCGCUGCCUCACAUCAAGGCUCGCAUCAAGGCUCGCAUCAUGCCUCGCAUUGUGCCUCACUGCCUCGCAUCAUGUCUCGCAUGCCUCGCAGUUUCUGCUGCCCCUGCGUAGUUGCGUAGUAGCCUGGUAGUGUUCCUGGUACACUAAUUGGCCAGUGAGAUGUAUGUAUAGUCAAAUCUGAACCUCUCUAAAUGCCUUUUUAUGAUAAAGCCAAUUUGCAAAAAUAAUUCUGCUACUCAAUUUUUUAAUCUGUAAAUAUUGGAAAAGAAUUGAGUAUGAAAACCCCAAAAUACAAUCCAAAUGCAGGAAAUGCUAUUAAUUUCUUUGACACAUUUAAAGCAUACUAAAAUCUCUAUCUUUGUCUGAAAUACAGUGGUAGACCUAAAUGCUUGUAUUAAAUAUCCCAGCAUUUGUCUCUGAUUAUAAAUAUAAGCUAACGCAAAUAUUCAGCUACUGAACAUUAACUUCAUGGUGAUGUGUAUUUACAUUUAGUAUUAAGUUAACUUGAUAAGUUGUUUGGAAGUACUGGGAUAUACUGGUUAGUGAUUUGCCAGAUACCGGAUGGUACUGUGUUGUAGUCUACUGGUCACCAAUGUGGGAGAAAUGAUAACUGGAUUCCAUUGUAAUAAGUGGAUACUGAAUGCUACGUGGAGUCAUGGACAAUAUUUUACUAUUUUUCCUUUUCCCAUAAUUAAUCUAUUCCAUUGGCACAGAGGUCAGCAGGCAAUCUACUACAGCAGUUUACAUCAUGCAAACAUUCUCUGCAUGGCACAUGCCCAGUAAUUACUCCUGUUUCAGAUUUUUAACACACACAAAAAUCAAAGGAAACAAUUUUCAGUUUCAUGGUUAAUAAAGUUCCAGUACUAUCCAGUAUACAUCCAGCAAAACUUUAAUUGUCAGAUGUCUGAUGUGAGUGGUAUCUGGAUCCAGCACAUCUCUAAUUUUAGCAAUAUAUUGGACUAAAGUUUGUUUUGUAACAAAACUUGAACCAUAAGAUACUAGCAAUGUGCAGGGUCUAAAAUUUAUAUUUUUUCUUAGUAUCCAACUGGGAUACCAGGAUUCAAAGUUUAGUAUCCUCCCUGAGAAUCCAGUAUCCCACUUCUGGUUACCGGUACCAUAAGUAUUAUACCCUGUCCCAUCCAAAUAAGUUUCAUAACUCUCACUGUUACAAACUACAAUAACAACAGGAGACUCGCCAGUCAACAACUAAACAAUUCAUUAAUACAUUAAAUUGUACAUACAGUAAUCAUUCAACAAACUUCUAAUAGAUAUGCUAAUGAGGAAAGGCUGGCAGCAAAUUGAUAGUAUUCAAAAGCUAUCAGGAGCCCGUCAAAGGUGUUUAACAUUUACUUAAUGUUUGAACUUUUCUUAGUAUCCAGUCAGUCACGGUUUGGGUACCCAAAACCAAAUUUUUGGUAUUGUGUGAAUAUCGGGAUACUGCAAAUAUCAGACCCUGUGUCUGGCACAGUACAUAGGGUUAUCCCCUCCCAUAACAAUACAUGUUUACUUUGUAUGUGUACAAUUUAUAAAUAUAAUAUUUUAUAUUCUACAUAUAGUAUUUUAUAUUACAGUAUUUUAUAUUCUAUGAUAUUAUAAAAGACUGCUUCAAUUACAUUAUUUUCAGUUAAUUUAUGUGGAAUUGUCAACAAUUUGGAAGCAUUAAUGCAAAUGGCUUCACAUCUGUGAUUGAAAAAAACACUAGAUUCUUCAAAGAAAUUCCUUUUGCCAAGGUAAGAGCAUUUGCAAUUGCAAAAAGGCCACAAUCACUUUCUCCUAUCUGGUUCUGGCACAUACAAGCUUUCACUCUAACCGGCUGAUGUUCAUCUGUCCUGUCACGGUAAACAUAUAGAAGCUGACAACCAAGCGUUGAUGAAAUAGAUGGUUUCAUUGAGUCGUACACAGUUAUAUUCCCACCAGAUACACUUGAAACUACCCAGUGCAUAUUACCAGAAUGGUGUAUUUGGAUACCACAUAUUGCUGUUGAUGGACAAGGUGGUGAUUUCUUAUUGGCUACAUGUAAUGAAAUUGCUAGACCCUUGACAUUUAGAAACUGUUGGGGUAUAAGGUCUUGAGCAGAGUUAAUGAUACGGUCAUUUAGCCAUGCAUGAUUGGUUUGCAAUAUGUCCUCAUCUUCUUUUCUAAGCCAAAGGGAAGGAACCCAUAUUUUUUUUUUUUUAGAAAGAUAGAUAGAUAGAUAGAUUUAAUAAAAUACUUCGCAGCCAUAGGCUGAAUUGCAUAUUUUUUUUUACAAGUAAAUUUAACUAAUUACGAGAAUAUAAAAGAAGAGUUUAUCAAGCCAUUAUGAUGACAUUCCAUAUAAAUAUUAUAUAUACAAGAUGUUUAUUACUUUAAUAUACUAAAAAAAUUUAAAAUUAUUAAAAAUAUUAGGUCAUUUCAAUAGCAUUAGAUAAAUGAUUUGCGGCACGAAGCCACAAAAAAACUAGUUUGAAAACGAUUAGUGUUACAUCUAGGAAUUUCAAAUUUCCUAUCGUUUCUUAAAUCAUAAAAAGAAGUAUGUAUAGGUGGCAGUAAACUUCGUAACUUAUGAUUUUCAUCAGCAACUACUGUUUGAAAUAAACUAGUACAAAUAUUUUCAUGAUGAACAGACAGUGACUCCAAUCCACAACUAAUUAAAGCGUCUUCGUAAUUAGUGUUUGGACAGAUGAUUCUAAUAGCUCUUUUUUGUAAUCUUUCCAAUUCGGAACGCAAGUAUUUUGGCAACGAAUAGUAAAUGACAGGGAUACCAUAGUCGAUAACAGAUCGAAUACAUGUAACAUAAAAUAGAACCAGAUCAUUCCGAGGAAUACUGGCCCGUUUGAGUUGGAUCAGGUAAUAGAUUCGUUUGGAUACUUUUUUAACUACCUCUUCGAUAUGUAGAUUCCAUGUCAGGUUAUUAUCGAAUGACAAGCCCAGAAGUUUAACAGAUUUUACGACUCUAAUAUUUUAUUGUUAAUAAGUAUCGGGUUAAAAUCACGAGGGACUUUUGAGAAGGAAAUACGGAGCUCCUUACAUUUCUCUUCAUUCAGCUUCAUUUUAUUGUUUUGGGACCAUUGUGACAUCUCAUUAGCAAUUGUCUGUGCUCUACUCUGUUGGUUUUUGUCAACUGUUUCCGAUACUGUCGGUAUCGCCCACGUAUUUCCAUAAGUCAGUAUCUGUGAUGGAUAAAUCAUUUAUCAGGAUUAAAAAGAGCCAUGGACCUAAAAUGGUGCCUUGAGGGAUGCCCGAAGGUACUGCACCCCAAUCUGAAAAACAUCCUUGUGAAAGUUUGACUUUUUGGAAUCUGUUACUUAAGAAAUCAAUGAUCCAAUUUAUAACACUUCGUGGUAGAUCUAACUGAAGUAGUUUAUUGAACAAAAUUCUGUGAUCAAUUAGAUCAAAAGCUUUUUGGUAAUCGAAUAGAAUGAUUCUAGUUGUAGAACCGGUACCAUCAAGCCCGGAGGUCCAGUUAUGCACCAUACUAAGAAGAGCAAAAAUCGUCGAUGAUUUAGGGAUUGCUCCAUACUGAUUGGGGUCACAACUCGGUUUUUCUUUGGUGGAUUUUUUACAUAUUUGGGAAUCAUCCUGGCAGGAACUUUGUUUACAGGGAUGUUUACUCUGUAUUGCUUCCUCAUAAUUUCUGCACGGUAUCCGACUCGUUUGGCAAAUGGAAUUGUUUGGUAAUUUCUUCCUCAUAUUUCCCUUGUCAUUCGUUGAAGAUGCUGUUGCCUUUCUCUUCUUUUUUUCUGACCAGUCUCACUUUCCAAAAUGAUGCUGUUGUUUGAUUUGACCAAUUGUUCAGUUUCUUUAAAUAUCUUUAAAGUUGACCUUCAAGUUUCUCAAGGCUUGGCGUAUCCUUUAACAAAUAAGUCAAUCUGUUUACCUUUUUUAAAACAACUCUGCAUUUAGCCUGCAAAAGCUUUUUGCUUGUUUUUCUUCUUGGCAGAAGAUCUUGUGUUUUACCAGGAUCAUUUAAAUCAUAGUUAAUAGAAACACAGACAUGAUUAGGAAAGAUGGGUCAUGUGACGAAUUAUGUUAUUGUUCUGAUUUAUGGCUGUGACGUCACAACGAAGGUGCCAUUGAUGAAUAGAAACAAUAUGGAGCCAUAUUGUAUUUCAAAAAAAUUCUUGCUUCAUUUCGCCGCUGUUGCUUAUGCCGGGGCGCUAACUGCACCAUUUUUGUCUGGAAUACUAGUUGGAAAAACUACUGGAAUAGGUAUUUUUGCGUUGCCUAAAGGGGAAGACGUGUUAUCUUGGAAAGCUUGUUAAGAGUGGAUAAGACAAAUAACAAGAAAUCGUGUUAUACACCAGGAUUUAAGAUGGCAAAUUGAGGCGUGUACACUGCCCAUCUGAAAAAAAACAUUUCGAGGAAAGGUUUAUUGAAAAACGUAAGUCUCACAAACAUUAUGAAUAUAUUAAUAUAUUAAUAUUUUCUUCAUUUGCAUACAUAAAAUUUUUUAAUUUGUCAUAUUAAUCGAUGCAUGACCAAAUAUAAAAUCUUGUAUAAUAUAUGAAAUGUAUGAUGUAUGAAUCCUUGAAUGGCCCUUUGUUUAUGUUGCAGAUUCUACUCGUAAAAGAUUGACUCCUGGGGCAAUACCAACUUUAAAUUUUCAAAAAAAAUUGUUUGACUCAGAGACACAAUCAAGGAGAAAAAAUGAAAGGCAUGAAAUGCCUAUUGAAGCCCUCCACUAGUGGCAUAAAAUCGAAGGUAUAUAAACAUUUAGACAAUUUUAAAAGUGUAAUUUCUCGUGUAAAACUAUCUGGGUUGUCCAGAAAGGAAUUAAUUAUGCUGGAUUACUUUGACUCUGAACAUGCACUACCAUUAUAUUCGAUAAGAGUGGAUUCUGGUCUUGGGUUUUCUAUAGCUGUCUUUGGUCGGUUUUUGCCUGACACCCAUGAGAUUUAUUAUGAACAUAAAGUUCUUUGUUUGAUAUAUCUGUGCCAUCAUUUUGUAAAGUAGUCCAGUCAUUUUCUGUUUGUCCUGGUUUGCCUGAAACUUUACAUGCAGUUGAUCCUAUUGUUGAUAUUUCGCAAGUUACCAAGCACUCUGUAGCCAUUGCUCCAGAGUUGUAUUGUGAUGAUGGUCUACCAUUCAAAGUUAAGGUGUUUGCCAGGUCAGAGAAUUGUGCAGUAUUGUUCAAUUUAGCAGACCAAGAUUCCUGUCAUAGUUGUUUGAGCCUUUUCGAAGCUAAACAAAAAAGGUGCCUUUGAAAUCUGCACUGAAAGCAACAGCUGUUAAAGAUAAAGCUCCUUUGACCUGCUGCAGCAAAGAAAGGUUGAUUGCCACCAUCCAGCACCAACAUGUAAGGUGUAAAGAUGUCGAGAGCCAGCUUGUGAAUAUGCACAGGGAGAUUCGUUCUAACAGUAUUGAGAUCAAUAAAACUCUUGAAGAUGACAUCUUGAGUAUUUUGGAUAAGAGUGAUCUUAAAACUUUGCCCCAUAUGAACUUGUUCUGGCAACAGCAGAAGAAACUUCUGGUAUCCCCCAAGUUUGGUCGAAGAUAUCAUCCCCACCUUAUCAGAUUUUGCCUCUCCUUACACUCCAAGUCACCAUCAGCAUACCGAGAACUGGUAUCAUCUGGUGUUUUAGUGUUGCUGAGUGAACGGAUUUUAAGGGACUACAGGAACUUCUUCAAACCAAAACCUGGUUUCAAUGAAGCAAAUGUUACCCAAUUACGAGAGCAGACCAAUCAACUGUUUGAUGUGCAGAGAUAUGUUGUAUUGUCAUUUGUCAAGUGA